AUGCCACUGAUGCCGCAACCCACUUUGAUGCCUUCACUACAAUCUCCGAGUCCCCCUCAACAACAAUAUCAACAACAGCAACAACAUCGCACUCUCGGCUAUCCACAGCGAACACUCUUGCCUCAACAGAAACAGCAACAGCAACCGCCACAGCAACAGCAGCCGUUGGCCUACUUGACGAGUAACUUCAACCCCCAACAGUCGUCUGUGGCCUCCUUCAACUCCAGUCCGGCAUUUACUACCAUCAGCGAUUUCGACCAAGACUUCGACCAGGACUACAGCAACUGUCCUAGUCUGACUGCAUCGCCGGUGUCGACGUACUCGCUUCCUGCGUACCCCUCCACCUCGCAGCAUCGCUCGUCUUUGUCUGCCUUUGACAGCAUACCCAGCACCACCACAGUCCCCCGCGCCGCUCAAGGCGCUGCUGAACCUUUGUUCACCCUUUGGGCCGACCCGAUGCAAACGGAAACCUGGCUACAACCCGCUGACCAACUGACAUCCAAGUCGGCUGGUCGCUAUGGUCACCACCGCGAGUCCUCCCUUUCUUCACUUGGCUCAGCUGGUCCGGCAUCUCCCUACUCGAACAACACGUCUAAUCCGCAGAUCGCCGUAACAGACUUCAACGAUUUUAGCGGGUUCGAGGACCUGAACUACCACGUGGUUCCCUCCAAAUCGUCGACCACUCUUCAUCCCAGCUUUCCCGGCUAUGCCAACUCGAAUGUGGUGCCCAUUACUGGCUACUCGCGUGUCCCUGCGGUGCCCAAGCAAAAUAACAACAAGCCUCGGCCUGCGCCGGUGGCGAGUUCCAUUAUGAGUGACUCAUCUGCCACACCAGCAGGCGAGGCUGAGGACGCUGGCAGGCAAAAGAAUGGUGAGAGCCAAGAGAAUACCGGUCUCCCUGUCCGUGACCAAAGCUUACAAUUUGACGAUGCAGCUGUCAACACCAACGCCCCUCCCAAGUUCGAUCGGACCUUGACUGAUAUCAUGAACGACGAGCUGUACCAUCCGGAUCUGGUCAUCACAACCUCUGCUCCGGCACCACAGCAGACGCUGACCACGAGCAACAACAACUUCAACAAAGUGGUCGAGACCGCAAACCAGCAUCUGAGCGCGAUGCAGUCUCCUGUGUCGAGUAACAACUCGCCGUUCCGUCAGGGAUCCCCACAUUCUGCCACUCUCCAAGACUUCUCCUCUUUGAACAUGGCGUCGACACCGCAGGUUCGAUUAGGGUCCGCGCAACAUAUGCGUGAGAGCGAUAAAGCAGCACAGGAUGCCGCCUGGCAGCAAUCGCUUGCGAGACACAAUCAGGACAUGACGCCCAAGACCAUCUCGCCCAAGGACGCCUUGCUGGACUUCCGCGAGCCUGAAGGUGAAUCGAACUUCCCUCUUUUUCCUCAGCCAGACAACCACGGAUUCAACUCGGACGCGAUGAGCAAGGGACUCUCGCACCAGUCGCUUGAUGGGCUGCCAACUUUGGGUGAUAUGUCCACCUUCAACUUCAACUUCAACCCGUCGAACCUCGACUCUCUGCCAACUUUCAACGGUCUUCAGCAGCUUCCCCAGGCUUUGCAACAGUACUCUUUCGUCAACCAACCCCGACAGCCCAGCACUGUGCCGUCGCUGGCGACGUCAAGAAUGAGCUCUGCGGAAACUGGUAUCACGGACUCUCCUCGGAGCAACGUGGUCCAGCGACCGGUGGAUACCCGUGCUGAGGGUGGAACUUACACGUGUACCUACCACGGCUGCCCUCUACGCUUCGACACGCCUCAGCUUCUCCAGAAGCACAAGAGAGAGGGCCAUCGUCAAGCACACGGGCUAAACUCGAGGCAACCCAACGGCAUGACUUUGAAUAGGGUGGAUACUCAAGCUGGUCCUCACCGUUGUGAGCGGAUCAACCCAAGCACCGGCAAGCCAUGCAACCAGAUCUUUUCCCGACCUUACGAUCUUACCCGUCAUGAGGACACAAUCCACAACGCACGCAAGAAGAAGGUCCGCUGCGAGAUUUGCACGGACGAGAAGACUUUCAGCCGCGCGGAUGCGCUUACACGACAUUUCCGGGUGUGCCACCCGGACGUCCCAUUCAAUGGUGGAAAGCAGCGUAAGGCUCGUGGGGGCCGCAGCGGUUGA